AUAACUUAAGCAACAAACGAUCUUCCCAACAACAACAACACGACCGGCUCAGCAGUAUGUCCUUCGAUCCUGGCCGAAUCUCCAAAGCUGAUGCCGCUGCCUACUCAUCUUCCUCAUCUGACGAUGAUGAUGAAGAUGACUACCUGCAGCCUUCUACCAACCCGCAAGCCGACGAAUUCUUUGACUUAAACCCUCGCAAACGAAGACGAACCGGUCGCAACGCUAAGGAAAGCGCCGCUCUGGGCAUAUUCGGGUCUGACAGCGAGGACGAUGGCCCGGGGAAGAGGUGGAAGUCGAAAAAGGAUUUGCGCCAUAAGAACGUGGCCUUCGUUUCCGCUGGUCAGGAAAGCUUAAACCAGAAUUUAAAUGAUGAAUCCAUCGAAGAUGACAAGGGUCAGGAUGAAGAUAAAGAUGAAGAUGACGAUGACGACGAAGACGAAGAGCAAUCCGGCAGCCACCCUGGCUUAGGCGCUAAACCAGUCCAUUCCAAGAUGCAAGAAGAUAGCGACGAAGACAACGAAGAUGAAGAUAUGACGGGAGUCGGUUUGGGAUUCGGUGCCACCUCUCAUGGGAUAGGUUGGAAGCCUCCCACUUCGUCGCAAACCAUGCCCGUCACCGGCGAGACGCCAAGUAAGCCGCCAAAGCUCAAAUCGAGGUACGAUGGAAGCACACCUCUAGGGAAAGGGUUUGUCCCUUCAUCCGCAAACGACCCUGUUCUAAAACCGAAUCUCGAUCGAGACACUUCCCCGGCACCUCAAACCCCUAAAUCUAGUGCUUUUGGUGGGAAAAAGGCCAAGUCAUUCGCAGCUCGAAUGAUGGAGAAGAUGGGUUACGUAGAAGGACAAGGUCUAGGUGCCCAGGGCCAAGGACGAAGCGGUAUCAUCGAAGCGACUCUACGCCCGCAAGGAGUUGGUUUGGGCGCUGUAAGGGAGAAAUCGGAAAAAGAACGCAAAGAAGAAAAGCGCCAGGCCCGAAUGCGAGGGGAGGAAGUCAGUGAUUCGGAUGAAGAAAGAAGGGCGAAGCGUGACAGGAGGAAGAAGAAGGGAACAGACAGUGCAGUUGGUAGUGGCGCGAGCACCCCAAGGAAACCCAAGACGAAAUACCUUACCGUUACCGACAUUCAAAAAGCCGCUCCAGGCCUGCAAAUUCCAGACGCCUUUACUCCCAUAUUAGAUCUAACGGGGCGAGAUCAAAAGCUGUUGACAUCUAGCUCGGGUUUAUUGACUCCGAAGGCUGGUGCCGAGCUUGUCGCGCAGACGGAAGCGCAAAAAUUGGCAAGGCGUGCUCAGGGUGAUCUCGCCGCCUUUGUUGAAGAAUGGAAGAGCCUAGAGGAACGGAAGGCAUGGCUAACUAUGGAGGAAGCCCAGCGCCAACAGGAGCUUGGUGAGCUCGAGAGUAGCUUCGCAGGACUCGAUAUUUUCUCGACUGUCUUAGACGGAGUCAGCCAAGCCGCUCAGGAGAGAGAUUGGGACCUGGUUAUGUCUGGGCUCAAGAAAGCCGAAUCAGCAGCAUCGACUCACGGCGAUGAAGAACUUGCCGCGCUUGCGGUAUCCGCCAUUCAUCCUUUUCUAAGAGAUGCUACUCAAGGCUGGCAUCCAUUAGAAGACCCAAAAUUAGGCAAUUUUGCUUCCGACCUCUCAGAUAUUCGGGGACUUCUAGGCCUUACCAAAACCCCUAACAAAAACACAAUCACGAAAUGGCAAGAUACCGAAAUUGACGGUACACAUCGUCAUCACAUCAAGUCGGCAACGGCCUGGGAGAGUAUGAUCUAUCAAAUCCUGUUUCCCAAGCUUGUAACAGCUAUUUCCCAGACUUGGGAUGUUUAUGAUGCAGUACCACUCCUGGAAUUUUUCGAAAAAUGGGAACAGCUUUUACCAGACUUUGUCCGCCUGCAGCUCAUUGAGCAAGUAGUAAGGAGACUUGAAGGUGGCGUCAGCAGCUGGAAGCCGAGAAAAAGGCACGAGAACUUGCACAUAUGGCUCUUCCCUUGGCUUCAGCAUCUCCCAGUUCAUCAUCUGGACCCCAAGGGAACUGGGCUAGUAGGAGAGGUGAGACGCAAGUUCAGACAGCUAAUUGGCACAUGGGACUUCUCUAAAGGCGUAGUGCCCGGUCUCAAACAAUGGAAAGACGUAUUCCGCCCAACCAAGGAACAGGACCAAUGGAGACCUUUAGUUAUGCAUCACCUGCUCCCAAGUCUCGCUCGAUAUCUACGAAUUAAUUUCCGCGUCGACCCUAGCGACCAAGAACCAUACCUUGAAAUGCUCAACGGUGUCUUCAAGUGGACGGACAUCAUCUCGGCGUCUCUAGUAGGAGAGGUCAUAGUUUCAGAAGUGUUCCCUAUGUGGCAUAAUAUUCUCUACCAAUGGCUCACCAGCCCAGACGCCAAUUAUGAAGAAAUCGGCGCCUGGUUUGAAUGGUGGAAGGAUCAGGCGAUACCUAGUGAGAUAUCAUCUCUUCCGAGUAUUUCUGCCGAGUUUGAGAAAGGUACCGCCAUGAUCGAGACUGCACUUGAUCUCGGCGCAGAUGCGAAGAGUAAACUUCCUCGGCCUGACGGUCGUCCUGCUCACCAACCGAAGCCCCACAAACCCAAAGCAGACAAGAAACCCAUAUCUAUACCCGUACCACAAGAGCCUAUUGACAAACCAGAACCCACAUUCCGCGACGAGAUAGAAAACUGGUGUCAAGAGAACGACCUCCAGUUCAUCCCGGUCCGCAAAGCCAACGAAGAGGGCAAGCAUUACUUCCGUAUUACAGCUCGUAUGGAUGGUAAGGGAGGUGUUUUGGCAUACUUUAAGGGCGGUGACACAUUGGUCGUUGAGUCCCGAAAAACCAACCUGGAGUUGAAACGGGAUAUCAAGGACGACUGGGGCCUAUUAAUCGAACCUUUAUAUCAGGAAAUAGAACAGGGAGGAAGGAGGUAAAGAUAACUAGAUGCCCAUAUAGAAUGGGAAAAUCCUAAUGAAGAGAUAAAGAGAGGGGACGGAAUCAAUUUGGGAGGUUAUAAGGAUAGUUUUCUGCCCACUCUCCGAUAUACUUACAUUAGUAAUACAGUACAGAUCAAUCCGCUCUGUACCUCCUAUAUAUAUACAUGUGAGCUUGGUCAGGGAACCAGCUUCAUAUAAAUUAGCAGGUGUCCAGCCAUCGAUUAUGGACAUGGAUAUUAGCACUUCAAAUAUCUUCUAUCACAUUCAACUUAAACAUGGGCUGCUCAUAAUUAGAGGCAAGGGAAGGUAAAUCCACUACACUUUCAUCCACCAUAUGCUAAUCGUUCUCUCCACAACAUCACUUGCUACCAAUGUGGUAUACGCAAGGCCGGUGAGGUCUCUAGAAGCCACAAGUCUCCAAAACUUUAGCAG